UGAAACUCUUGGAUAUUUCAUAUUCAACUUCUCUUGCCUUAGUAAAGGGGCUAUCUCGGUUAGAAGAAUUGUUCAUGAUAGGUUAUAAUAUAAGAGAAUCUCUCUUUCUCCAUAUCGGUUACUUGGAAAGAUUGGCCUACUUACAGAUGUACAUAAGUGAUGUCAGGUACUUCUCUCAAGAUGUCGAAGCCCUUGAUGGCUGGAAGAACUUGAAGAAAUUCAUGAUUUAUUGUGAAUACGAUUGGUAUUCACUUGCAACUAUCCAUCAGAAGAAUCUGUUUCUUAAAAAUGUGGAUCGAGCAGGGAAUUGGACAAAGAUACUGUUGACGGAAGCAGAAGAUUUGAUCUUAGACAGCUGCAACUGCGAUCGAGGUGAUUUUGUCAAUGUGAAGAAACUUCGGCUUGUGAACUGUGGUACCAUAGAAAACCUGCUUGACACCUCAAAACCAGAAUUUUCUCCAAAUGCCUUCGAGAACUUGGAGCACCUAAACCUCGCAAACUUAGAGAGUUUGAAAACAAUAUGUCAAGGGGAGAUUCCAUCUUUAUCGUUCAAGAAAAUGAGAGUCUUGGAGAUAAUUCGAUGCAAGAAAGUGGUGUGCAUAAUGCCUUAUAAUUUGCUGCAAAGAUGUCAUUACGUUCUACAAGUCGUCUCUGUGAAUUCUUGCACUGAAGUGAUCGAGAUAUUCAACUCUGAGGGGUUCACACAAGGGAUUCCCAUAUUGCCAAAGCUUGAAAGACUGCAAUUAACUUCCUUGCAAAAUCUCAUAAGACUCUUCAGUGGAAAUGUACCAAAUGGGAGCCUUCGGAAACUAAGUAGUCUGCAAGUAUCUGGCAGUAACAAACUUCAAUUCUUGCUCCCACAAAUUACAGGGGCCUUUGUAAAUUUGAAAGAGCUUGAGGUUGGAAGUUGUGCAAGCUUGAAGUAUCUGUUAUUGUCGAGCUUGGCUAUAGAGUUAAAAAACCUAGAGAGACUUACAGUGAAGAAAAAUUAUGCGAUGGAGGUGAUAAUUGAAGGUGAAGAUGGUGUUGUGGUGAACAAAAGCUUGUUUCCUCGAUUGAAGGAGGUUGUGCUUGUAGAUCUUCCAACGUUGGGGAGAUUUUAUCGAGGGGAAAUAGCAGGUCGUUGUUUCGAUUGGCCUUUGGUUGAGUUUGUGAGGUUGGAGUUUUGUCCAAACAUGAAGAUGUUUCCCAUUGGAAGCAAGAGUGCACCUAAGCUGAAGAAGAUACACAUGGGAGACGACGAUGAUGUUGAAUGGUUCAAAGCGAUGGAAUGGGAGGAUGCAAGUAUUCUUUCGCGCUUUGAAAUCAGCUGCAAAACUGGGCCUUAAUUGAUUGCAAGAAGCUAAAGAGUAUGGUUCGCAAGCUAGAGAAUGCAUCAACAGGUGCAGAAAUGUUGCUUGCUGAGAGAUAUUAUGUACAUUGCCUUGAAUUAUAUCAUGUGACGUGAUUGUAAUAUCCCUAAUUUUCUAGUGAUAAUAAGUCUAAGUUAUUAUUUGUUUAAAUAGAUAUCCAAGAAAUUGAGUUAACAAUAUUAAUUUAUAAAGAUAAGUUUGUAAAGGACGUUAAUUUAUGAAAAGGAAGAAUAAUAACUAUAUAUAGUCACAUAUUUAUUAUUUAUGUUUAUUAAAGGGCUUGUUGCAAUGGGAUAUUUGUUAAUGGGUUCAUUGGAAGUGUAUUCCGAAUAAGAGAGAGGAAUGAAAACCCUACCUGCACGUCCGUUUGAGAAUCCGCAGCCAAAAAAGAAAAAAACAAAAAGAAAGGAAAGAUGGAAAUUGGCAAGAGAAGGAAACCUAAAAAAAAGAAGAAGAAGAAGAAGAGGAAAGAGAUUGCAUAUUUAUUGGAGAGGAGCACAGAUUGAUUAAUCAAGCUUACACAGCGAAUAAGGUGAACCCACAUCCCCAUUCUCUACUGAUAUAUCUCUCUCUUGCUUUUUUUACUAAAAUCCUAUGUCUAAGUUAAUUUAGGUUAUUUUUUUAUCCAAACGAUGGUACACCUUGACUUCGUAUGUCAAACUUUGUUCUCAUGGACAUGGAUAAGUCUUCAGC